AAAUUCGCGGGCUCAAAUCCCCGGGCUGGAAAUGAACUUGGAGUGGUCGAGUCUGUUGCGCGGAUUCAACUUUUUUUUUCGGGGAAAAAAAGCGCUCUAAGCGGCGGCUUAGUCAUCAGGGUAGCUGCUCUCUCUCUGAGAGCUCCAAGGCGUCAAGCUCGCCGCGCGGUCAUCAUCCAACCACUCCUCUCCUCAUCGCUGCUUUCUGACCCUCAUCUUUCUUCGUUUUCUUUGAUUUUACCAAACCGCAGACAUACCACGCUUGCCAGGGAGGUUCUCUUGGGUAUCACUGGCAAGGACUUUGUCAUUAUUGCCGCAUCAAAGGCCGUAAUGCGAGGCCCGACUAUUAUUAAGGCGGAGGAUGACAAGACACGGCAGCUCAACAAGCACACCCUCAUGGCCUUCUCCGGAGAGGCUGGAGAUACCGUGCAAUUCGCCGAAUACGUCCAAGCAAAUGUCUCUCUGUACACGAUGCGCAACGACACCGAACUCAGCCCUGCCGCCGUUUCUAGCUUUGUCCGAGGAGAGUUGGCACGCAGCUUGCGGUCACGAAGCCCUUACACAGUCAACCUCCUGCUUGGAGGAGUGGACCCGGUGACCCAGGAGCCAAGCUUGUACUGGAUUGAUUAUUUGGCCUCGUUGGCUCCCGUACCAUAUGCCGCCCACGGCUAUGCCCAAUACUACUGCCUUUCCCUACUCGACAAACAUCACAACCCGAACAUUUCUCUUGAGGAAGGAAUGAAGCUCCUCGAAAGGUGCACAGAUGAGCUCAAGCGCCGACUACCGAUUGACUACAAAGGAGUGUUGGUGAAGGUCAUCACCAAGGAUGGAGUCAAGGUGAUGGAUUUCGAUAAUGAUAGAGUUGUGCGCAGUGCUUAA